AUCGUCAAAGUUAGCUAAAAAUAAUCAGAUGUCUAAAGCACAUGACAUCUUAUCCAAUUCGAAUAAAGAAAAUUAUCAACUAAUAUCACAACAAUGGCAAUCAAAUGUCACAGGGUCUCAACAGUCUGAAAUUAUAAAUGAAUUAAAUUUAGGAAAAAAUGACGAGUUUGUUGUUGAUGAUAUUAUUGAUAGGUUAACAGGCAUAGAAUUUUUUAGAUUAUUGAAUAUAGAACCGAAAAAACGGUUAGAAGCGAUAAUAUAUAACUAUAGAGUGUUCAAUAAAACUUUAGAAGAUGACGAAUCGUUUGAAAAAUUAGAUAAAUUAAGCAAUGACAAUAUCCAAACAGAAGUUCCAUAUGAAAUAUACAUCGAAGCAGUAGAUGAUGAAUCAUUAAAAUUGAAAGUGGGUAAUAUUAGAAUAUGGUCUAUACAAGGUGUCACCAACCUUUUCCAAGAAGUGAACCGGGGCGUGUUCAAUGGAGGGGGGCUAGAGGCUUAAAAGCCACCCCCAGGGACACUUGACAAACAUAAUAAUAUAAUAUGUACUUACACAUAAUUAUAGUUAUUGUACUUCUUAAUUUUAGAUCAGGCAAUUCGUUAUUUUUUUUUUAAACCCUCCUCUCCUACAUUUAAAAUUCCUGAGCCCUGCACCCUGGAAGUGAGCUAAGCACAACACUACAAAAAUUUAAGUAUCUUGUUAGCGACUACUAUAUUAAAAAAAUUAGAUAUGUAUGUAUUAUAUGCAGCAUUUUUUUUUUUUUUUUUUUAUUUAU